CUGUGAUAGCGCGCGGACCAGGCGGAGCGCUUUCCAGGAGACACCAGAGGGCGGAGCCAAACCGUUGCUAAGGCCGUUGCUGGGACUGAGCGCUACACCCGCCCGGAGCAGAGUUUAUUCUCCUAACUCACACUGACGCCUAGAACCUACCUAAUUUCUGUUCAUUUCUGCAAAGUUACUGCACCAUGGCAGUUCAAUGGAAGCCUCCAGGGAUAAGCAGAAGUGCCUCCCGGAAAUUUCAAGAACCUCCAAAGAGCACUGAAGAAUUCUUUAAACUUCAAAAUUGGGAUUAUUGGCCUAGGGAAACCCAUUUGAAAAAUGAUAAAUAUGCUCACGUUCUGAUUCUGAACAAAAUAAAAGAAGAUAGUUCAUUUACUUCAAUUUAUACACAUCUCUGGAAAAAUGUCCCUCAAAUAUUUGAAGCAGCUCUGAACAUGGAGUCAAGAUUAAAGGAAUGUUCACUUCUUUUGCAAGACCAUGCAUCCAAAAUAUUUGAGUGUAACAAAGUUAUUUGUGAAAAAACAAAUUAUGAAAAAUUGGAAAAAUACAAGGCAUUUAUAGAGAAGUACCAUACACACAAAAAGAUAAUGCUUUCAGAUGAAAUGGAGACAGAGAAGAAUAUAGAGGGUUGCAACUUCUCAGGAUUCAAAGAAAAUGAGCUUACUCGAUUACCCAGACAUUUGGAUGCUAAACGAAUUUUUCUUUUUAUUUUAAAAGCCCAUAACUUUGAUGAAAGAAUAUUUAAAAUCUGGAGGACUCAUUUUCUCUCAGAACCCUCCAUUGCUCUUUUGCAUGACGCUUUUUGGUGGUGGUUUCUCCAUAAAUUUAAGGUAUAUCCUGAUUAUCUGGCACAAGCUAUAUAUGCAACAUUCCAGGAAUCAUUUCCAGAAUCUAGUGACCUCUUUAAUGAUGAAUUUAAAGAAGAUCUGGGGAAUAACAUUUUUCUUUGGAUGUCAGGUCUAAAACCACGAAAAGGCUUUUGGAUUCACUGGAAACUAAAAGACCUCUCUACAACAACCAUACAUGGCAGCAAGAGAGCAUCUACAAAAUCAACAAAGGAAAGGAUUGCAAGUAGUCAAGAACACAUGAUAUCUACUAUGGACUCCAAUGUGGCAAAAAUUUUGAAGAAACCAAGAGUAAAUGUAAUAUCCACAGUCAAGGAAGACUCAGAAGCAAUAACAAAGACCCAUCAUGGGAGCAUUGGUCCAGAGUUUUACCGUAUUCUCUUCAAUUUGGGAGGUCAGAGUCCACUGAUUUUGUACUAUCUUAAGAGGAAUAACCUAGCUGGCAUUUCCAAAACCCCUAAACAGACCAAGGUUAAACUCACUGAAAUAUUACGAGAACCAUAUCCUUUUUUGAGCUUUAAUUUAAUAUGA